CCCUGUCAACUCUGGGGCUACAACAACAAUAUUGACAUUUUAGCAUUACAUAAAUUGUCAGAAACUGGUGCAAAUUGUUGAAUUUUAGAUUGAACAGUUUGUAGAAUGGCGGCCUUAAUCAGGAAUCUGGGUGCCCGAGCCGCAGUCGCCGCUCUGUCGGCCAAACAUGUGGUGCCCGCUGCAGGACUAAGUGCCCUCCGGAUGAACAGCACGGCGCCCGUAGAUCCUAAGAGGGCGGAUAAGCCCACUGUCCGGCAGCCGGAUGCAGUUGCUCGCUCGCAUCUCUCUGAUUUUGGACGCUACGUGGCCGAGUGUCUGCCCAAGUACGUGCAGAAGGUCCAACUGACCGCUGGCGAUGAGCUGGAGGUUCUCAUUGCUCCCGAUGGCGUGGUGCCGGUGCUGCAGUUCCUCAAGGAUCACCACCAGGCGCAGUUCACCAACCUGAUCGAUAUUGCCGGCGUGGAUGUCCCCUGCCGCAAGAACCGCUUUGAGGUGGUCUACAAUCUCUUGUCGCUGCGUUAUAACUCCAGAGUUCGCGUGAAGACCUACACCGAUGAGCUUACUCCAUUGGAUUCGGUGUGCGAGGUGCACAAGGCGGCCAACUGGUAUGAGCGUGAGAUCUGGGACAUGUACGGCGUGUUCUUUGCCAACCACCCCGAUUUGCGUCGCAUCUUGACCGAUUACGGAUUCGAGGGGCAUCCCCAGCGACGCGACUUUCCCUUGUCCGGCUAUGUGGAGCUGCGCUACGAUGACGAGAAGAAACGCGUCGUCUGCGAGCCCUUGGAAUUGGCCCAAGAGUUCCGGAAGUUCGACCUGUCGGCUCCGUGGGAGCAGUUCCCCAACUUCCGCAACGCAAAUCCGCCCGCCGAGGUCGUUCCCACACAGCCAGCUCCGGCCAAGAAGUAAUCCCCCAAGUCGGUUUGUUAAAUGGUAAUUAGAUCAAUAAAACGAGAUCAUUAUGAGAUAUGAUAAACAAAAAAAAGGGAA